AUCAUUUUUUCCCAGUUUGCAAACUUAAAAUCUUCUCAACAUGGUUGCUACUGAUAUCGAAAAGGACAUCCAAGAAAGCGUAAAGUCUGCUUCUUCCUCGUCAAGUGCUUCCGAUUUGUAUGACUCGGAGUCGGACGAUACCGCUUUAGCCCAAAAACUUAAGUUGAUUAACAACACUUUAGAUGAGAUUGGGUUCACACCGUACCAUUUGAAGUUGUUCUUCUUGAACGGGAUGGGUUAUGCCACCGACUCGCAACUUUUGAUGUUGGAGUCCACUGUGAGACAAUUUGUGAAUUACCAAUUUGACCAGUCUUUCCCUAUCAGUAACGAAGCCAUGGUUAUUGGAGGGAUUGCAGGAGCCUGUUUCUGGGGUUACGGUGCCGAUAUCAUUGGUAGAAAAACCGCUUUUAACUGGUCUUUGUUUUUGUCUGGUUUGUUUGUGAUCAUCACCGGAGCCAUGAAUUCGAUGGCUACUUACUGUUUGUUCAUUGCUUUAAGUGCCUUUGCUUUUGGAGGUAAUUUGGUGUUGGACACCUGUGUUUUUUUGGAAUUUUUACCAUUCAAACAACAAUGGUUGUUGACGUUCUUUGCCUUCUUCUGGGGUAUUGGACAAACAGUGGCUGUGCUUAUUGCAUGGGCAUUCUUGACCAACUUUUCGUGUGAAGGCCCCGACUCUGCUCACUGUGACUCGGCUGAUAAUAGAGGCUGGAGGUACACCUACUACGUGAAUGGUGCCAUAGUGUUGGUUUUAGCCAUUUUGCGUGUUACGGUUGUGAGAUUGAAAGAAUCUCCCAAGUUCUUGGUCUCCAAUAACAGGGACGAAGAAGCAUUCGAAUUGUUGAAGGGUUUGGCUGAAAAGUACAACCGUAAAUUCACCUUGACCUUGGCUCAAUUGGAAGACUGUGGUAGUAUUGUUUCCAAUCAUGGUAUUCAAGAAGAUAGGAGUAUUGUUGGGGUGUUUAAGUUGGUUAUCAAACAUUUGUCGAUUUUGUUUGGAACUAAGAAGAUGGCUAGAUCUACACUCACUUUGUUUCUCAGUUGGUUGAUUUUGGGUAUUUGCUACCCUAUCUACUAUGCGUUCUUACCAACGUAUUUAGCCACCCGAGGUGCUAAUAUUUCUGCUAGCACUACUUACGGGGUGUACAGAGAUAACGUCGUAAGUAACGUCGUUUCAAUUGCUGGUCCUUUAAUAGCUGGGGGUCUCUUGUACUUUGUUCCAAUACUAGGAAGAAGAGGUGUUUUAGCCAUUGGAGCCUUUUCCAGUGCUGCGUUCUUUUUUGGCUAUACCGCAAUCACCAACCAUGCCCAAAACUUAGCAAUAUCGUCGAUUGUGUAUGCUACUUUGUACAUCUACUUUGGAUGUCUUUAUGCUUACUCUCCUGAAAUUAUGCCUGCUACAGCAAGAGCUACUGGUAAUGCUUGUUGUAUUAUGAUCACCAGAUUUGGUCAGAUCUUUUCUCCGAUUAUAGCCUACUACAGCAACACUGCUUCUGCAGUUCCAUUAUACGUAUGUGGGGGUUUAAUCACAGUGAAUGGGUUCUUGGCGUUGACUUUUCCAUUCGAACCAAGUAAAUCCAGACCAAGUUAGGGUUAAUAUUUUAAAUUUUAAGAUAGUAUGUUUGAGCGUAUUUUACAGACUAAUCGGGAUUCUUAAUGCCCUCCUUAUCUAUUAUCUACCUAAUGUAGUCUCAAUCAGAUUAUUGCUUUUAAACAGUACAUUCUAACCGGGAAUAGUUCCUUGGGUAACCCCUUUUGUACAUCACUGGCAAUCAACUUAAACCCAGCUUGCACAAACAACUCUCUGAACUUAGUAUCAGUUCUGGUUACGGACGAGUCAGUUUCAUCAAAAAUAUCCUCAAAUGUGGCUAUAUUCUCCUUAACAAUCAUAGUUCCAUUUUCCAUUAAAUUCUCUCUACAUUUGAUCCAGAAUUUCACCAAUUCUUCAUCUGGGAGUUGUCCCACACACCACUGACACCAUAUAAGCCAGUACUUUCCACGCUUAUGAGGUGGAAUUUCCCACUCUUGCAUUCCAACCGGAUAUAUGUCACCUAACUUUCCUCUUUGCUUUACGUCCUGUAACUCAGCUUCCAUUCUAUCCAAAAAUGGCUUUACUGGCUCUAAUAAAUCACAUUCGUCACUGAUUUUCCAUAAGAAGUCCCUGGUUAUACGACCAAUUCCAGCACCCAUAUCGAUGGUCAACUUCUUCUCACCUUCAGCAACUGACAUUCUGGAGAGAAGCUUCCUUAUGAAGGUCAGAGAUCCGACUAUAUCAGCUUUAGGAACUGAAGUCUGCUCACCGUAUCCUCCUAGAACUCCAUUCACAGAGGCUGGAACUGAGCUCCAAUACUCAAUAGCAUCGUCGUAGUUUAUAUUAGCAUCGGCAUUACCUUCGUAAUGGUCUUCACCACUCAAAGUUCCUUGUGCUGUCUUGACUGGCAUUUUGAGUCUUUUGGUUUUCGAUGAGCUAAAAUU